AUGGAACAAUCCCGCUAUAUAAGAGUUCGAUUUUUAGGGAAAGGUACAUAUGGAGAAGUACAUCUCUACACUGACACCCAAACUGACACAAAUGUGGCCAUAAAAACCAUCAAAGUCUUACAAGAAGGAGAAGGCAUCCACUUUACAGCUUUGCGCGAAAUCAUGAUUUUACAAGAGCUGAUUCAUCCAAACAUCAUACGUCUUCAUGAUGUUUUUUUAUGUUUAAAAAACUUAUUGAGAUAAAUAUUUCCUAUGUACUUUUUCAUCCAAAUUUACAAAAUUGCAUUUAAUUUAUAGAAAAAAUCCUGCAACUUAUCUCAAAAAUUUUAUUUUUUAUGCCUAAACCAUGUUUUUUAUAAAAAUUCGAAUAUCAAUUUAGUAUUAGAGCUAGCAGAAAGUGCCUUAAAUGAUGUAAUUCAUUUGACUAGCGAUGAAUCAACAACCAAAGGCUUGCUUAAACAAUUACUAGAAGGUCUAGCAUUUAUGCAUGAGAAUUCAGUGAUGCAUCGGGAUUUAAAACCAGGAAAUUUAUUAAUUUCAAGGAAUGGGCAAAUAAAAAUCACUGAUUUUGGGACAGCAAAAAUUGUCUGUGAUGUAGAAGCGCCCAGAACUACUGGAGUCUGCACACUGUGGUAUCAGUCUCCUGAGCUGCUAUUUGGCACCAAACAUUAUGGAAAAGCUAUGGAUAUGUGGUCAGUUGGAUGUAUUUUUGCGGAAAUGAUUAAUAAAGAACCAUUUUUGAAAGGAAAUACUUCUAUAGACCAAAUCAACAAAAUUUUUAAUACACUAGGAACCCCAGGAGAAGAAGACUGGAAAGGAAUGAAUAUUCUUCCCAAUUAUUGACCAUCCCCCGCAUCCCCACGAAUUUCCUUUGUAAGAGCCUUCCCUACAGCUAGCAAUGAGGCGAGAGAUCUACUAGAAAAAAUGCUUAUGUAUGACCCUAGACAAAGAAUUUCUGCAUCCCAAGCGCUUCAGCAUCCAUAUUUUUCCACAGGAGAGCCUCAUGCAUCCUGUGGAGAUAUAGCAAGAAUUUUAAGCAAUUAUAUAAGAUAA